CCGGAAGACGAAACACGUCACCGCUGCAGACCAAGGUCUCGCUGCUGCAGCUCAACCCGCUCACGCAGCCGUCGACCUAGUUAGGUCAGCCCUAGUUUUACCCUUUUAGCUGCAUCAUCAAUAUCUCGGCAUUUUGAAAUGAGUGACAACGAGAAAGAUUUCCGGGAGCAGGACUCUCGGGGUGGCUCAAGGAGUGCAUCCCCUAGGGGCUCUGCAAAAUCCACCAGCCACUCCCCAGCCCCCUCUAAGGAUGGCUCUCGUCGUUCCAGAUCUAGAUCUCGCUCUCGGUCGAGAUCCAAGUCAAGGUCUCGCUCCCACCGAAGUUCUCGCAGGCACUACUCUCGCUCUCGAUCCCGCUCCCGUCGCCGCCGCUCCAGGAGUCGAUCUCGUAGUUCAGAUUACCGCCGGCGUAGGAGCCAUAGUCGUUCUCCCAUGUCAAAUCGACGCCGUCACAUUGGCAACCGGGGCAACCCAGACCCCAGCUGCUGCCUAGGUGUGUUUGGUCUGAGUCUGUACACAACUGAGAGGGACCUGAGGGAGGUUUUCUCUAAAUACGGACCACUUGCAGAUGUCAACAUAGUGUAUGACCAGCAGUCGCGUCGCUCUAGAGGUUUUGCCUUUGUCUAUUUUGAAGCUUCUGAGGAUGCCAAGGAGGCAAAGGAGCGUGCUAACGGAAUGGAGCUCGAUGGCCGCCGAAUUCGGGUGGAUUUUUCCAUUACUAAGCGACCCCAUACUCCCACUCCAGGAAUCUACAUGGGACGUCCCACAUACGGAGGUGGUGGUGGAGUCUCCAGGGACUAUGACAGAGGUUACGACAGAGGCUACGACAGGGGUUACGAUCGGGACUAUGAUCGCUAUGACGACCGGGAAUACCGAUCGUACAGGCGCCGAUCUCCAUCUCCGUACUACAGCAGAGGUUACCGCUCUCGAUCUCGUUCCUACUCGCCACGUCACUACUGAGUGGAAGACAAAGUCAUCAGUGUUAAUUUUAAGUGCUUCAUUUUCUUUUGUGUUGACCAGAUUAUAUAUGUCUGUAGAAAUUCUGAAUAUGUUCAAAACAAAUAUUUAAAAAAAAUUGUAUGUUAAAACACUUCAAAAUCAAACAAUUGUGGAGGAAAGCGAAACUGGCCAACAAUGUACCGUUUCAAAAAUAAAAAAUUGGUUUCAGUGGACAUGAGUGCAACAAAUGUCAGUAUGUUCUUUAUUUCUGUGAUAUUUUAUUAUUUUUUUCUCCCUUAAGUGGCAGACCAACAGGAAUGGGAAAUGCAACUUGUCAGCUUAUUUCAAACUGAUAAAUGUUUUGUAUGGUUUGUUAUAAGGUUAUGCUUGACUGUAUUAUCUCCUUGGGAUUGUCUGUCAUUUUUUACAGUACAAUUUUUCAUGUAGGUGGACGUUUUUUUUUAAAAUUCUCACUGUCCUACUUUAUCCUCUGAUAGAUUUUAAAUGUCAUAUCUUAAUUGUUUUGGUUUUGUUUCUUGGAAGUAACUUUUCUGUUGUAUAUAAACAAUAAAAAGAACCUCACAAAAUGUUUGGUGUUAAUUGUGUGUUUUGUAUACCACAGUGGUUACACAUAACCAGGGUUUUGAUCUCUUAUGAAGCAUC